CGCCCCUCGUGCCCCGGGGGCGCUGCGCGGGCGCCGAGCCUUCGCGGGCUUUGCCGCCGCCGCCGCCGCCUCUGCGGCCGCCGCCGCCGCUGGUGGGGGAGACGCGGGGUUGGGGGGGGAGGAGGGCGCGCGUGGUGCCGGCGGGGAGCGGCGGCGCCCCCUCCUCCUCCUCCUCCUCCUCCUCCUCCUCCUCCUCCAGCGCCGCGGGCUCCUCGGACAUGGCCGCGGCGGUGGCGGUGGCGGCCGCGUCCCGGCGGCAGUCGUGCUACCUGUGUGACCUGCCUCGCAUGCCCUGGGCCAUGAUCUGGGACUUCACCGAGCCCGUGUGCCGCGGCUGCGUCAACUACGAGGGCGCCGACCGCGUCGAGUUCGUCAUCGAGACGGCGCGGCAGCUCAAGCGGGCGCACGGCUGCUUCCCGGAGGGCCGCUCCCCGCCCGGCGCCGCGGCCCCCUCCGCCGCCAAGCCGCCGCCGCUCUCGGCCAAGGACAUCCUCCUGCAGCAGCAGCAGCAGCAGCAGCAGCUGGGCCACGGCGGCCCCGAGGCCACCCCGCGCGGCCCGCAGGCCCUGGAGCGCUACCCCCUGGCGGCCGCCGCCGAGCGGCCCCCGCGCCUCGGCUCCGACUUUGGCGGCAGCCGCCCGGCCGCGGGCCUGGCCCAGCCGCCGACGCCGCAGCCGCCGCCCGUGAACGGCAUCCUGGUGCCCAACGGCUUCUCCAAGCUGGAGGAGCCCCCGGAGCUGAACCGCCAGAGCCCGAACCCGCGGCGCGGCCACGCCGUGCCGCCCACCCUGGUGCCGCUCAUGAACGGCUCGGCCACGCCGCUGCCCGCCGCGCUCGGCCUCAGCGGCCGCGCCGCCGCCUCACUGGCCGCCGUGUCCGGGGCCGCGGCCGCCGGCCUGGGCUCGGCGCAGCCUGCCGAACUGAGCUCCCACAAGCGGCCGGCGUCCGUAUCGAGCAGCGCGGCCGCGGAGCACGAGCAGCGCGAGGCGGCCGCCAAGGAGAAGCAGCCGCCGCCGCCCUCGCAUCGCGGCGCGGCCGACAGCCUGGCCGCGGCGGCCGGGCCCACCGAGCUGGGCGCCGAGGGCGCGGGCAAAGGCCGCGGGCCCGGAGAGCAGGACUGGGUCAACAGGCCCAAGACCGUGCGAGACACGCUGCUGGCGCUGCACCAGCACGGCCACUCGGGGCCCUUCGAGAGCAAGUUUAAGAAGGAGCCGGCCCUGACUGCAGGCAGGUUGUUGGGUUUCGAGGCCAACGGGGCCAACGGGUCUAAAGCAGUGGCAAGAACAGCGAGGAAAAGAAAGCCUUCUCCAGAACCAGAAGGUGAAGUCGGGCCCCCUAAGAUCAAUGGAGAGGCACAACCGUGGCUGUCCACACCCACAGAAGGGCUCAAGAUCCCCAUUACUCCUACAUCCUCUUUUGUGUCUCCGCCGCCACCCACUGCCUCACCUCAUUCCAACCGGACCACACCGCCUGAAGCGGCUCAGAACGGCCAGUCCCCCAUGGCAGCCCUGAUCUUAGUGGCAGACAAUGCAGGCGGCAGUCACGCCUCGAAAGACGCCAACCAGGUUCACUCCACUACCAGAAGGAAUAGCAGCAGUCCACCCUCUCCGUCGUCUAUGAACCAAAGAAGGCUAGGCCCCAGAGAGGUGGGGGGCCAGGGGGCAGGCAGCACUGGAGGACUGGAGCCAGUGCACCCUGCCAGCCUCCCAGACUCUUCUCUGGCAGCCAGUGCCCCCCUGUGCUGCACCCUCUGCCACGAGCGGCUGGAGGACACCCACUUUGUGCAGUGCCCGUCUGUCCCUUCGCACAAGUUCUGCUUCCCUUGCUCCAGACAAAGCAUCAAACAGCAGGGAGCUAGCGGAGAGGUCUAUUGUCCCAGCGGGGAAAAAUGCCCUCUGGUGGGCUCCAAUGUCCCCUGGGCCUUUAUGCAAGGGGAAAUUGCGACCAUCCUGGCUGGAGAUGUGAAAGUGAAAAAAGAGAGAGACUCGUGACUUUCCGGUUUCAGAAAAACCCAAUGAUUACCCUUAACUAAAACUGCUUGAAUUGUAUAUAUAUAUAUCUCCAUAUAUAUAUAUAUAUAUAUAUAUAUAUAUACACACAUAUAUGUAUAUAUAUAUACACACACACACAUAUAUAUAUACAUAUGUAUAUAUAUAUGUAUAUAUAUAUAUAUCCAAGACAAGGGAAAUGUAGACUUCAUAAACAUGGCUGUAUAAUUUUGAUUUUUUUUUGAAUACAUUGUGUUUCUAUUUUUUUUUUUUUUUUUGACGACAAAAGGUAUGUACUUCUAAAGGCAUUUUCUUCUUUUGUUAAUGUUAUUAGCAUAUCUUUGUGCUUUAUUAUCCUGGUGACAGUUACCGUUCAAUGUAGGCUGUGACUUGCGCUGCUUUUUUAGAGCACUUGGCAAAUCCGAACUGCUUCUAGCUGUAUUUGUAUGCACUUAUUUUAAAAAGAAAAAAAAAAAAAAGCCAAAUACAUUUUCUGACAUUGUAA